UCUAAGGCAAUCAAGGCUGGUGAUUGGGUUUUGACCCAGGGAACAGGUGGCGCCGGCUUGGCUGUAAUUCAAUUUGCUGCUGCCGCAGUUGCUACUAUUGUUUCUAUUAUAUUAUCGAAUAAGAAGGCUAAAACUCUUAAGGAGCUUAGUGCUAGUUAUAUUAUUAACUAUUAA